GCCCACUGGACCACCUCCCAGCCCAACUGGCCCACCUCCCGGCCCACUGGCCCACCUCCCGGCCCCGCUGGCCCACCUCCGGCCCCACUGGCCCACCUCCCGGCCCACUGGCCCACCUCCCGGCCCCACUGGCCCACCUCCCGGCCCCACUGGCCCACCUCCCGGCCCCACUGGCCCACCUCCGGCCCCACUGGCCCACCUCCCGGCCCACUGGCCCACCUCCCGGCCCACUGGCCCACCUCCCGGCCCACGGCCCACCUCCCGGCCCACUGGCCCACCUCCCAGCCCCACUGGCCCACCUCCCGGCCCCGCUGGACCACCUCCGGCCCCACUGGCCCACCUCCUGGCCUACUGGCCCACCUCCUGGCCCACUGGACCACCUCCCAGCCCCACUUCCCGGCCCACUGGCCCACCUCCCAGCCCCACUGGCCCACCUCCCGGCCCACUGGUCCACCUCCCGGCCCACUGGCCCACCUCCCGGCCCACUGGACCACCUCCCGGCCCCACUGGCCCACCUCCCGGCCCCACUGGCCCACCUCCCGGCCCAACUGGCCCACCUCCCGGCCCACUGGCCCACCUCCCGGCCCACUGGCCCACCUCCCGGCCCACUGGACCACCUCCCGGCCCCACUGGCCCACCUCCCGGCCCCACUGGCCCACCUCCCGGCCCACUGGCCCACCUCCCGGCCCACUGGCCCACCUCCCGGCCCACUGGCCCACCUCCCGGCCCACUGGCCCACCUCCCGGCCCACUGGCGCACCUCCCGGCCCCACUGGCCCACCUCCUGGCCCACUGGCCCACCUCCCGGCCCCACUGGCCCACCUCCUGGCCCACUGGCCCACCUCCCGGCCCACUGGCCCACCUCCCGGCCCACUGGCCCACCUCCUGGCCCACUGCCCACCUCCUGGCCCACUGGCCCACCUCCUGGCCCACUGGCCCAGCUCCUGGCCCACCUCCUGGCCCACUGGCCCACCUCCCGGCCCACUGGCCCACCUCCUGGCCCACUGGCCCACGUCCCGGCCCCACUGGCCCACCUCCCGGCCCCACUGGCCCACCUCCAGGCCCCACUGGCCCCACUGGCCCACCUCCCGGCCCACUGGCCCACCUCCCGGCCCCACUGGCCCACCUCCCGGCCCACUGGCCCACCUCCCGGCCCCGCUGACCCACCUCCCAGCCCCACUGGCCCACCUCUCGGCCCACUGGCCCACCUCCUGGCCCACUGGCCCACCUCCCGGCCCCACUGGCCCACCUCCCGGCCCCACUGGCCCCACUGGCCCACCUCCCGGCCCACUGGACCACCUCCCGGCCCCACUGGCCCACCUCCUGGCCCCACUGGCCCACCUCCCGGCCCCACUGGCCCACCUCCUGGCCCGCAGCUCCCGCCACAUUGA